CUGUUCCGUCCCACUAUAAACACUCCCAUUUCCACCAUUUCUCUCUUUCUCUUUCCCAUUCCGGAGCUCUCAGAAGAGUCUCCCAUGGCGAUCUCAACCCUUUCCAACCUUUCCUGCUUCUGACCCAUUUCCUCUUUUCCUCUCUGCUUAAACCCAAAACCAUCGCUUUCAGGAACUCUCAACUUAGAACCCCCCAUAAAAACCCUCCUCGCAUUCCAAGCUUUCUUUCUCUGCUCGUCUUCUUCUUGCUUUUGUUCGAUCGCGUUGUAUUCUUAUCGAAUUCUGGGUUUGUUGCCCUUCGAUCUCCGAAAUGAGCUUCUUAAGACCUUCCGCAUUGUCCCAGUUGCUGAUUACAUACACCUCGCUUCAGUGGAUGCCUUGCCAGAGUUGGGGGUUUUUUCGGUGGCCGGGUUUUGAUGGGUUUCUGAGACUCUUGGUGAUGUUUCUUUUGUGGACUAUGCUUUCGGAGAUUCGCUUCAUACCCUCUUCUUCUAUGUACCCAACUCUUCGUGUUGGAGAUAGAAUCAUUGUCGAAAAGGGCUCAUACUACAUCCGAAGUCCUGCAAUAAAUGAUAUCGUAACAUUCUGGGAUCCAACACAGAAGCCUGGAGAUGGGGAAAGAAAUGUGUUCAUAAAGAGAAUUGUUGCCAAAGCAGGGGACUGGGUUGAAAUUAAUCAUGGAUCACUCUAUGUCAAUGGAAUUGCAAAGGAUGAAGAUUUUAUAGCAGGACCACCAACAUAUGUGUCAGCUUUAACUUAUGUGCCUAAAGGCCAUGUUUAUGUAUUGGGUGACAACCGUAAUAAAAGCUACGAUUCGCAUUUUUGAUGGUAUCGUCGUAUCGAAGUGCUGGAGCUCGGCCCUUUAUAGUGGUGUCAGCUCAAUCGGUUAGGUUGAAAAUAUAUGAUAAAAGUAUGCAAAUCGGUCGGAUACUAAUUAAGUUCAAGAAUCCAGGCAGAUCUCAACCCACUAAUAAGAGUGGUUCUUUUUGUUGUCAACUUUCCUUGCUCUAAAGUGGGGGUUUAUCUGAAAAUGGAAGUAGAAUCUUUAACAUAGUUGUAACUUGUAACAAUAAUGGAUAAAAAGUUUCCUGGGAAAGUGUCAAGUAAAACUUUCCCAAGCGCAAUCUCAAACUUUCUCUGUUUUCUGUUUCUAAUAAUGAAAAAGAGAAGUAAGAAGAAAGCAUCUGUGCUUUCUGUCCUUUUCAUUAA